CGUUCCUUCCACCCCGGCGAUCGAUCAAUGGCUCUCCUCAACCUUCUGACCGCCCCCCGGCUUGCCCGCCGCUGCUUCCGACCCCUCAUGGCCUCCAGCCCAUCCCGCAGCCUCUCGUCGCUCGUGUCCACCCAGUGGCUCCAGGACAACCUUGGCUCUGUCGUGGUGCUGGACGGCUCUUGGCACAUGCCUGCUCUGAAGCGGAAUGCUUUCGAGGAGUAUCUUGCCCAGCAUGUCCCUGGAGCUCGCUUCUUUGACAUCGACAGGAUUGCCGACCAGGCCACCAACUUGCCCCACAUGCUUCCCUCGACUAAGCAGUUUGAAGAGCAAGUUGGCCAGCUUGGCAUCUCCAACGACGACCAUAUUGUCGUCUAUGAUUUCAACGGCGUCGUUUCUGCCUGCCGAGUGUACUGGACCUUCAAGGUCUUUGGGCAUCAGAAAGUGUCGGUCCUCGAUGGCGGUAUUCCAAAAUGGAUCAACGAGCAGCGACCCGUCGAGUCCGGCACUGUCGACGGCUUCUCGAAAACGAACUUCCAAGCUGUGUUUCACCCCCAACUUGUUCGGGAUUACAGCCAGAUCACCCAGAUUUCUGCGACCAAGGCCGAGCAGAUCGUAGAUGCUCGCUCUCUUGGAAGAUUCCAGGGCAGCGACCCUGAGCCUCGCGUGGGCCUCAGCAGCGGCCACAUGCCCAACUCGGUCUGUGUUCCUUUUAAUGAGCUCUACGACCCGGCCAGCAAGACCCUUUUGCCAGCCGACAAGCUCCGGGAGCUCUAUCGCACCAAGGGUGUCAACCUGAGCCUGCCGAUCGUCAACUCCUGUGGCAGCGGUAUUACUGCUGCGGUCAACUACGUUGCGCAAGAGCAGGCUGGCGCCGAGCAAAUCUCUGUCUACGACGGUUCUUGGACUGAGUACGCCUCGAAGCCUACAAGCAUCAUCGAGGACUGUGGCCCGCGCUAAGAGCCGUGCGCACUAUUUCCCGCGGGUGCCAUCUCCAACCGAGAGCCACCAGGCAUUGCCUGGGGCGAUCCCGGCAUUUUCCAUGCACAAAUGCGAAAGUAGACUGGGCGAGGAUUUCGGCUUGAAUCUGCAGCCAAAUAUAUCGUUGCCGCAUCGGCCGGGUCAACCACA